AGUAACUAGAAGUUUCUAGUAUUUUAAGCCUUGCCUUGGCCUUCCAUGCAUCAUGCCUUUAUUCAAGGGAACUAAUUAACAGAUCACAGACGACAGCAAAGGUAGAAAACAUGUGACAGAAUUAUGGCAAAAUAGGCUAAAGGUUAUGUGAACUGGAUGUGUGAUGAGUAAGUGUAAGAACAGGCAACAUCUAUGUUUUAUUUGUUUGCUUUUUAUCAUUGGGAAACAUGGACCACUGGGUUAACUGCAGCGAAAUGACUGUCCAUCCAACACAUUUUGUUAGAAUGGCAAGCAUACAGCAGAGAAGUUCUCUGCUAGAAGAGAUACGAUAACUAUCAUAAAUAUAAAGGUAGUUUACUUGCUUUUUCAAUACCGUCAGCUUGUAUGUUCCUGGCUGCACAAUACAGGCCUUUCUGUUUUUGAAAGGAUUUUUGUUCUUUAUGUCACCCCUCCACCUAGUUGCAGUUUCGGUAUUUUACAGAUGGUGGCGGUAAUGCACCAUAUUGGUUGCCAACCACCAAUAAAUCGGAAAGAAGAAGUAGUGUCGUCAGUCCCAGAAAUGUUCAAGCUGCACUGAAAGCAGCAAUAACCCAGAGAGGUGUAACUAAAUUAAUCGAGUUAAUUUGCACAUUUACACCAGGGUACAAAUAGGCACUCCGAACACAACAUCACUUGCUAGACAAACGAGGCAGCAGCUGUGGCCCGAGUACAAGCUGUACCCUGAGCACUUAUCCCCGGCCCGCGAGACCAAUCAGAGGUGCUGGCUGUAGAGGUACGCCCGAUAGCUUCAGAAGAGCUAACUAACCGAUCUACUUGUUUGAGAGAUGGCAAGGCUAAUAGUAGAGUGCAGUUCCUAGCUCUCUGAGAUCAGCAUGGCUCUGAUUGAUGUGAUUGCUGUGUUAGAGGUUCUCGAGAGUUAUGCAACACCCUCUAGCUUAAAUGUAGUGUUUUCGGGUCAUACAUUUUACGUUCGGGAUGUCUAGACCGGAUUUCUAAAAAGGUACGCUAGCAUGGCCACCACUCAUCUGCUACACUACAAAGCCCGCUACUGUCUACAAAAGUUAUAAUGGGCUGCAGUAUUAGGCACUUGGGGUAGCUUGUCAAGACAUUGUUUGGGGAAUAGUUUUAUGAUCUAGUGUAGUUGCCCUGUAUUACCCCCAAAUUCAUGAAUCAGCUGAAUGUGUUAGCGUUGUGAUGGCCCGUGUCAUUUCAGGCCAUGCAUUUCGGUGACCACAGUCCAGAAAUCAGCUCACAAUGUUGUAUGUUGAAGCUGCUGUGUGCUGUGCAUUUUUGGCCAGGUAGUUUUAUUAGCUCGUAUGUGAGGUAGUCGCGGGGUCGCUUUGUGAAUGAAAAAGGAAUGAAAGGACAAGCUGACACGGGUCAGAUUGAAACGAGCAGCUUUCCAGAUGAUUCUGCACGCCUCGCGGACCUUUGCCAGGGUAUGACCGACAGCGUCGACUGCCCCAUAGGCCAACCACCGUUUGUAUCGCACGGUAUAAAAUCUCAAGAUGCACCACCACCAUUCAGUGGAACCUCACUAUCAACUUCAAGCGCAAUGGUGAACAACGCAGCUCACAACAAAUGGAGUGGCUUUGUUAUCGAGGAUGAACUGUCAUUUGUCGCAAAGGACAGUGGGCCUUUGUCUGACAUCUGCUUACCAAACCCAACUAAGAGCAGCGAUGACAUAAGCUACGAAGUGCAACAAGCCUACAGGAUAUUUCAUGAUUUUCUUCUGGAGAAACACAAGGCGAUCACGGCUCCUUUUUGGAACCCGGUGGACACACAGCAGGAAUUCUCAUUUGCGAACACUGUGCAACAACAAGGGAUGUGCCUUAAAAGGAUAUCAGAAAAGUUUGUGAGCAGACAGUACAGCAGCAUCACCGACUUCGUGGCUGACUUCAGGCUGAUGCUGGAGAACUGCUACAGGUGUCACGGAGUGGACCACUGGAUAUCCAGACAAGCGCAGAAGGUGGAGAUGAUCCUUGAACAAAAGCUCACUUUGUUGUCAAGGGUGCUUAGGGAGAAGACGCGCCUGUCCGUAACGUCUAAAGGCCGAUUCGGUAGCGAGGAGGAGAAGGUCGGACCCAUGGGGUCAAGCUCGAGGCGGAGGUCUGUGCCUCGUAACCUGGCGUCCGUGACAAUGACCGGCUGCGAGUCGGUCAUGGUGCAGGCCCUUCGUCUGGAGGAGCAGCAGAGAGCUAAAGAAGAGAGGAGGCAGCGAGAGCAGGAGAAGAAGGAGGCAGAGGAGGCGUCGGUGAAGGAGGUGGCGGAGUGGGAGGAGUGUCUGCUCUCCGAGGCGUCUCCCUGGCCCGUGGACACGCUGUGGGAGCUCCCGGCCAUCGGCCACUUUCUGUGCCUGGCCCAGGCGGCGCUCAACCUGCCCGAGAUCGUCUUCUACGAGCUGGAGCGCUGCCUGCUCAUGCCGCGCUGCAGCUCCUUCCUGGCCAAGGUCAUGACCUCUCUGCUGUGCCAGCCCCAGCGGAGGGCCUCGCUGCACCGCCGGCCGGCCCUCACCUACCGCAGGUGGGAGGCGGAGCUGCGCCAGCGGGUUCUGGGCUGGUACCAGGCUGUGGGUGAGGCAGAGAGCCAGGUGGCCUGUGCCCAGCAGCUGGGGCUGUGCGACCAGUUCUUCCAGACGCUGGGCGACGCCAGCCCCCUGGAGGAACAGCCCUUCCACCUGCUGCCGUUCACCAAGCGCGUCUGGCUCCUCAAGGGGCUGUGCGACAACGUCUACGAGACGCAGACGGAAGUGCAGAACGCCGUGCUGGGCCAGCCCAUCCACGAGUGUCGGGAGUCCAUCCUGGGCUACGACAGCUGCGACAACGCCUACAUUCACUUCCCGCACUUCUGCGGCGCGGACCUGAGGAUAUACUGCCAGAGCCCGUGCGCCUCUCCCGAGGUGCCCCUGCCUACUGUCUUUGUGAGGAAAGUAGACGGUAACGGACCAUUAAAAACAGUUCUGACAUCUGCUGUUGGGGUGAUCGGUGUGAAUGAAGAAAAAUCCGGGUAUAAAACGCAAGACGGUCCUUGCUCCAGAGAAUCUGUGAAGGAGGAGGAGGAGGAGGAGACAGUGGACUCGGAGGAGAAGUACAACAGGACAAAUGAAGUUAAUGGUGUAGGGAUACUCUUUGGUGACUCUAAUCACCACGGAGACAAAACGGUCCUCUUAAGUGAACACACGGACACUUCUCUGUCCGGUAGUUCUUGGGGUUCCAAGGGGCUGUCAGACAGUCUGGAGAACAGACUACAACCUAAGCAAGAAGCCUCCUCCUCCUCCUCCUUCGCUGAGACGAAGCCUCCCUAUCUCCAGCUGGGAAAUCACUGCGACUUGGAGAAUCCAUCAUCACCACCACCACCACCACCCAACUUCUUGGCCUCCAAGUUACCCGACGGGUCCCUGAAGACAGAAGAUACGUGCUUGAGCUUGAGCUUGAAGCUGAAGCGUGAAGGCCAUCACAGGCCGUGCACUCGGUGCUCUGAAGAGGACGCCGACUGCAGUUGUUCCGAGGCUGAGCCGGCUUCUCCGAACAGCAGACACAAGCGGCGGAAAAGUAAUCAGAAAACGCACUGUCAAAAGAAUAGAAAGAAUAAACAGGCAGACAGGGAACAGAGGAGGCACAAGCGUCAAUGCAAAGCCGUCCCCGUCAGGAUUGUACAGGAUCGGGCAGCUAAGAGCAAACAUGCAACAAAUGCUGUGAAGAACACCACCACCACCACCACCACGAAGAGAAGGACAAAAACAGGAAAGAAAUCGGAAAGCAGAAACUCUGCUGCAGUCAUGAAGGAAGAUGAGACGGCACUGCCAGUUCAACCCACAUUUAAGUUGGUGUGUUCCAGUCUGGAUGAACUGAGGGAGCUCAUCAGUAAAACUGAAGACGAGAUGGACGAGCUGGAAAGCACAAAAAAGAAAUCUGGGACGUUGCAGUUCAGGAGAGAGGCUGUCAAAGAACUCCACAUCACACUCAUCAGACUACUUAACGAGCUGUCACCAUGGGAACCAAAACUCGUCAGAGCCUUCCAGAAGAACAGGGCACGCUUGAAGAAGGAUUAUGAUGAUUUCAAGAAACAUCCAGAUUAUGACACUUUCAUCAGGGAGGAGUUGGUGCUGGAAGAUGAGGACUUUGGCCCAGCCAAAUACCUCAACUCAGCAAUAAUACGACCUAUGGAAACAGAGGAGAAUGAUGCAGAGGAGAACCCUGCAGAGAAAGCAUUUGAUAAUGCACAGCUAUCAGAUGCUGGUGAAGUGGUGGGAGGUAUGUAUGCCGUCAGACCGGGUCCUUUCACACGAACUGCACACCAGACGCCAGCGCUUGGCUCGACCUAUCACAGUUGGAGUACGGAGAGCGAUCACAGUCAGUACGGAAAAAGCCCGGCAAGCACUGAAAACUCAGCGUUUUCCACCAAAAUUGAAAACGUAUCCUGUAACGAAGGCUCAUCUACUACACUCAAUCAGCGGUUACCUGAGACAAACCUGCUGCCAGACAGCGCACCUGUGCCAGGUGUGUGUAGGAGGAACGGACCCAUUCAAGCGCUAAUAGCGAAGAGCGUUGGUAACAAGGUGACACUGAUUAGGCACAAUCCCACAACAGUAAACACUACGCAUCAUCAUCAUAUGAACCAAGCGGCUGCACGCAAGGUUUUCACACUCACACAGCCAGAUAAACUUUCAACACAAACCCCUCAAACUCAUCCCGCGACAUCAGGAGCACCCAGCACAGGUACAUGUAAAACGCCGGCAUCGUCUUCGUCCCUUUCCACAAGCCCAUCACAAGUGGUGUACAAGGUCCCCUGGGGGCUGGGUGUCCUUAAAAAGGAUGGUGGGUCGCUGCACUUUAAGGCUUCUCCCGCAACAGACCAGAACUGCGGAGAAAAGCCCACGCAGCAUGUCGUCAUCCUGCCUAAAGUUAUGCUCGUCCAAAAGUCUGGGGGACAACAGGGAUGUCCGUCCGCGAAGACCUUUCUUACCAGCGUUCCAGUUCAAUCUGUCGCUCAGGUGAAAAAGUUUGAAGUGGAGGAGCAGUUGGUGGCCCCUGCAGCGCACUCUUUGAACGUACACGCUUCUCCUGCAUCAAAUGCCAAGGGCAACAACAACAACAAACUUCAAACGCCAGUUUUAGCAUUUGGGGCAAAUUCAAAUAUGCCCACCACAUCAAGUUCAAUAUCUGAUCCGUCUCGAGCAUCAAAUGUCAAGGACAACAACAACAAACCCCAAACGCCAGUUUUAACAUUCGGGGCAAAUUCAAAUGUGCCCACCACAUCAAGUUCGAGAUUUGAUUCGUCUGCAUCUACAGAGUCUGUUGAUGAUGCGAAGCAAGAACUGAGGACGGUGUGCAUCAGAGACUCCAAGUCGAUUCUGGUCACGACCAGAGGAGGCAAUACUGGCGUUGUCAAGGUCCAGACAUCUGACAUCAACAAGCACAGGGCAUCACCUGCUAGUCCCAUUUUCAGUCUUUGCCCACAAUUCAAAGGCCUCUUGGUACCCACAUCCACGCCACCUGCGAAAGCUCCCUCGUUGGCAAAGCAAGUGUCUACGACUACAACCAUAUCGCAGCUGCCUACAGUAAAAACCUCGUCCCCACAGAAUGCAAAUGCAGGAAGCAUCUCUGUGGGCUUGUCCUGCAAAACUACCCCGAGUACAAUCGCUGGCAAUCAUUGCCUAAUACCUGUGGUCUCUCCGCAAAAUGUGAACGUGUUGCCCUUGCCUGCUAUCACAGAUGCCUCACAGCAGUCACAGACAAGGCAAAGCAAGGGAGUCACCCAGCAGGCGCCACGGAAGAGGCCACAUCCACCAGAACACAGUGGUCAAGAUCAGGUUCCGUAUCAGAAGAUGUUCCUUGUCGCCCCUUCAGUUAGCGACGUAGCCAAGAGUGCCACCCUCUCUAAUGUCUCCCCGUCUGUGCCACCCGGAGCCAGGCUAAUGGUUCUCAGUCACAAGUCCAUCUCCUCUCUUCCCGCCAUGUCAUUUUCAAAACAAACUACCCUCAAACUAUCCACCACCACCACUACUACGACUACUAAUACCACCACUACCCUCAGUCCUCAAUCCACAACAGCCACAGAACCCAGCACCAUGUACAAAGCUGAUUCCGUUCAGCUAUCCCCAAAUCGCUCUGGUGCCAGCGGUGUCUUUUGUAAAAUAAAUGUCCCAACUCUGCCUUCUCCUGUAGUGCACACGAAAAUAUCGACAGACGUCUCCGUUUCCAGCAGCAAAAUGGUGUCACCCGAGUUGUCUGCGAAACCAGUUCCUUUCUGCGUCUCUAAAGCAGGUGCAUUGACUUUAAGUAGGCCUGUGUUUGUUCAGAAUGCUGCAAAUAGCAGUUUGUCUGCGAUCACAGAUGGUAAAGUAAAAGCUAUCACUGCCCUUACUGGUAGCCCUCCGCUUGUAGUGGCGCCCGGGCAUUCGGGUCCAUCUGUGGUCAGGCCUGCCAGUCUGCCUCAUGCCACUUGUGUACCAUUGCCACUUUCAGUGCCCAGUCUUUGCCAGAGCAUGGCGAAGUCCCCCAGUGCUUUGAAGCCCACCAUUGCUACCCGACCCCCACCCACAAGCGUCAUCAAAAGCCAGGGUCUGUCCGUAGUGCCACGCUUCCCCUGCCCCGUAUUAACAACACGGGCUAAUAGUAGUGUUAAACAGCCGUCAGUAUUACCACUGAGGGCUGUUACACCUCUUUCUCCACACAGGGGCGCUGUUGCACAAGCUCCCGCCUCUCAAGCCACAGUUGGACCGUUAACAGUAGCAGCAGCAGCAGCAGCAGCAGCAGGGCCCAAGCGUGUGCCUGCGACGCCUUCAACUACACAACAGAAAAUAGUUAUCAACACAAGUGCUCCUCUGGCCCCCGGCACCCAGCUCCUUAUAAAUAACACGCGCUUUGUCGUGCCCGCACAGGGUCUCGCAGCAGGCAGCCAUGUUUUGCUGAUUUCCAGUCCCCAGCCUCCCUCAGAGCCUCGGCCUAAUGUGAAUCCGACCGAAGCGCCCGGUCAUGUGGUGAGGGCGCCCGGCGGCGCCCCAGUUUCUGUGCCAGCUUUGCCAUUGUUCCAAGAACGCAGCAGCCGCAGGAUGGCGAUGCCAAGAACCGCGCCUCCCCAAAAGACUGCAGUGUGUAGCAGGCUACCUUUACCUGCACCGGCAACUGCUGUCGUCGAGACGGCCCCACCGCUGCAAUCUGUGCCCGUUGUUCCUGUUUGUUCAGUGAGAGCACCUGUGCCAAGCGUUCCGUGCUCGGCACAGAUUUCUCACUUAUCAGGGGCCGCUAUGUCAACAGGGGCGCUGAACGUGGCCAGUGAACCGAGGUCACCCUCCUCCGUGUUGACUCCCGGACAAAAAAAUCCAGCCGCCACCAAUACUUUACCACCAGUUCGCUUGUUUACUGAAAGUGUAGUGCGGGUGUCCGCCGCUGCUCUCCCAAAGACGCAAGAAAGCCCUUACGCUGUGAACAUCCCGACUCCUUUGCACACAGUGUCUGUGAGCAGCACGGUAUCUACAACGCAGCUUGCGUCUCGGACUGUAGCCUGUGUAGCAAAAACAGUCACUGUGCCUUUAAUGAACAGCUCCAUGUGUCGAGUGCAGGCAGUGCCUAUCGCAACAGUGCAGCCUAUUGAUGGCAGACAUAACAACAGACCGCCGGUACCAGCCACAUGCCCAUCCCCAUCAUCAAGCAACGCGGUAAUUAUGACCCCAUGCCGGCCAGCGGCCAGUAGCAAUACCACGCUAACAACAUCUAUUGGUCUGCCUGUGGUUGUGGCAGACUCGCCGCAAAACAAAGGACCUCCAUUUCAGAUCCCUGCUCCCUCGGGGCUAACGGGCUUGUCAUUCAGCAGACUUUUGGUCAGUCCAGACGGGGCCAUCUUGAGUAGUGUACGAGCGCCCCCUCUCCUCCCCACCAUUCCCCUCGUCUCGUCCUCCGGAGCCAAAGGCUCCAGCCCCAGCAGCCUAAUGGGCAUGGAGCAGCAGACACCACAGAAGGUAGCCAACUCAUUGACAUUAUCCCAAUCCCAGCCCACCCAACCUCAAGGAGGAACCAGCAGAUGAAAAGUAUAACUUUGUGGACAACAGUGGAUCUUACUUUAAUGAAGUAGUAAAAAAAAACAAUUACAUGGGGGGGGGGAACGACAAUAACCCUCUAUUUACCAACUCUGGGGUGCAUUUCUAGAGGCCAUAGUUGCUAACCUCGUUUUUAAUGUAAUUUCCCAUUGGAAACUACCCAAGUUGCUACCAGGCUAACAACUACGCUUUCGAGAAAUGCACCCCUGACUUGAAGCAAAAAACAAAAAAAAAUCACCUCAAAUCAAGUGCCUACUGACACGUUUGGAAAAGCUGGUUUUAAGAGUUCUGUAUUUCAUAAAUCAAAUGUUAACUCUGAUUAUUUCAAAUUAGUCCAAGUUUUUUGUUUUGUUUAUGCCAAGUAUGUGUAACAAUAUGUUAGUGUACUUGGAGCGCUACUUCAAUGUAAUGAUGAAAAUAAUUAACACACAACUCAACUACACGUUCUCUGUUUUUACUGAAAAUGAUUUUGAUUAAUUUGGCUUUUACACACAACUUUUUCACAUCAGAAUAUCUCGAGUCCAGUACACAAAUCAAAAAAGCGGUGUAUGACUUAUGUAACAGUAUGCGCCUCAAAGUUCCAAGUCACUAAAUGCUGUUCAGUUAUUUAUUACCUUUUUUGUUGUUAAAAAAUACUGUGGAUAUUUUUGCACCACCUGCAAUAUUUUGCAGUCUUUGUUGCAUUUGAAAUAAAAUUGUUUUGUAUUCAAA